GUUGCAGUUAAGCAUCUCGUCCGGCCCAAGUUGGCCCAAGCUUGGCUCAUCAAUCCUUCCCCAAAUUCGCAUUGCAUUGAGCUCGCAAAAUCGUACACAGCGGCGGCCGCCGGCCAGCCGGAAAUCCGGAACUGUUAUCAAAUCCUCGUCCGAUUCCUUCCAACAAUAUGUCUCCCCCAAUCAAUCUCUUGUUGCCCUCGCGUGGACGGAGGUUGGCAGCAAGCGAGAGAGAUCGAUGGCCGGCGGCGGCCGGAGAGGAGGCGGACGGACGCGCAUCGGCGGCGAUGUAGCAGCCCUUCCUGCGCCGCCGUGAGGGAAGAAGCGCGCGCGCACGGCGGAGGCGCCGGCCAAGUGGCAUGCUACAAGCAAGCAAGCAAAGAAUCGAUUUCUUUCUUUAGCGAAAGCCAAAGGUAAUAAUGAAAGAGAAAACAAAAGCAAAGGUAAGGAUCCUGGCUCUAGCUUGGUCUUAUUCUGCUCAAGGCAUUUGUGCACACAUACAAGAGCAAAGGUAAGGCACCCCAAAUAUUUCGUCGCAGCGUGUAGCUAGCAUGUCCCUUUUUUUAGCUCUCCAAUCAGGCCUUCUUGCAGUGGAACCUGAACAAUCUAUUUGGCUUCUCUCUGGGCUCUGGCUACAUGCUCUCGACAUAGUACAAAUUAUUCGACUUAACCAAGGAAGUCUGGACCGGACGGAUGACCGGCUGAGAAAUCAAUCUGGAGAUUGUUGAAGAGCUGGCCUAUCGAUCUUAAACCGAAAAAUGGAAUCACUAUAGAGGCUGGAGAUCGACGGAUACGACCACUUCAUUAUGCGCACGGAGGUUAUUAAGGCGGACACUAUUGAUGCUGCUGUUGAUAGGAUUCUCAAUGAACUUGCGACAGACACGAGAAGAAGCGGCAAUAGAGAGAAUGUCAUCUACUUUGAUGGCUGGGACGGGCUUGGGGCAUCUGCCGUCCUUCAAGCCGUGGCCAAACGCCUCGCGGAGCCGUUGACAAGGCCUGCAGGGCUGGAGUUUGAGAAAAUCAUCCACAUCGACUGCUCAAAGUGGCAGAGCAGAAGAGCCAUGCAGAGGGAAAUCGCAGUGCAGCUGAAGCUUCCCAAUAGGGUGAUGCAGAUGUUUGACAAACAAGACGAGGACGAUGAUUUCAGUGGGUUAGACCAGGGCUCUCGCGGUGAGAUAGAAGUCGGAGAGAUCUAUGAAAGCAUACAGAAUCAGAGAUUCCUUGUGAUCCUGCACAAUGGAAGCAAUGAAGAGAUUGAUAUAUUCAAUUUUGGUUUUCCUCUAAAUGGAUAUGCCAAUAGCAAGAUGCUGUGGACAUUCCAAGGGAGGUUUCGACUUGACCCCAAGAUGAUAGACAAAGUGAAGAAGAGCAGAACAACACAUGUUCUUAUUUCAGCUUCAAGAGAUGAGCGAGAUCUGCAGGAGCUUUGGUCUUAUCUAGUGCGCCAUGAGGCUGCUCAAGUUUCCUGCAAUAAGCAUGGCCCCGGCAUGAUUGAUCCGUCGGUUGCUGCCGAGUGUGUGUUGUAUAUGCUGAAACAAUGCUCCAUCGGCUCUCACACCGUGGACUAUGACUGGGCUAUCCACACCAGUAACUACUGGGUAUGCGAUGGGAUCAUCACACCGACUGACAUUGACAAAGCAUGGCAAGUUGGAGAUUUUCUGCAGCACGGGUUGCAGUUGCUGGACAUUAACAACCAGCUUAGCAGUGAUGAGUCAAUAAUAAUGCCGUCCUUUCACCUGUCAAGGUCUACCGAGCGCAUUCCGUACUGGAUUUCCACAACAACUUGUGGAUUUAUGCUGAGCCCCUCUGGUGUUAUCCCCGACUACAUGUUUCAGUACUCGCACAGGCUUGGCGUGCUCAAGCUAUCAAGGUGUACCUUCAGCUUCUCAUCGCCUCCGUUCCUCUGUUGCCACAGCCUGAGGUUCCUGUGGCUUGACCACUGCGAAGACCUCCAAACAGGAAGCAGCACCACAGAUCAUCACCAGCCAGAUGCAAAAAAGGAGGAGAAGGAGUUGGACAAUAGCGACAUGACAUCAUGGAAGUGCUUCCAAAGCCUGUGGGUGCUUGACCUGCGCUACACAGAUUGGGAUCAGAUCUUGUCAGCACAGGUGAUGGAUUUGAUGACCCAGGUCAGGGAGCUAAAUGUAAUGGGAGCCAAGAACUGGGACAUGAGCAACCUACGGGGACGGCUGCAGAACAUUCGCAAGCUCCGGGUAACAGAGUCCACCUGCUGCUUUGACAACAACGUGUUCUCAGAGAUGGAUGGCUUGGAGCUUCUUGAUUUCUCGGGAAAUACCAUCAGCCAAGGCAUGACAAGCUUAUCUGCGGCAGCAAGCAACACUAGCCUUGAGACUGUUAUUAUUGAUGGAUGUGAUGGGUUAAAAGUUAUCUCUUUGAGGGGCUGCAAAGAAUUGAGGAACCUGUUCUUCAAAGGAUUGUUUCGGAGUCUCGAGGAGCUGGACCUCUCGGGCACAAAAGUGAAAACCCUCAACCUCGGAGAAGUGAGAGCCAACUCACUCCCCAAGCGGAUCAUCCUGCUUGGCUGCCAGAAGCUCCAUGCGAUAUUAUGGCCACAAAAUAUUGAUACGGAAGAAGCACCACAUGUGCUAUGUAUCGAGACCACCUCAACUUCAGCGUCAGUUGUAACACCAACAGAGCUCACUGGUGGCGAAACACCACAUGCACAUCCGCAUGGUGAAGGAUCCCUCCAGCAGCAAAAAGAAGAAAAGUUCAAGGGUGGAUGGCAGAUUACUCUUACAGAUACAAGGCUCCUUAGGUCAAUUUCUCCUGUACAUAGUUACCUCUCAACUGCAUCCGUACAUCUUGAUAUCAGUUCUGCAGCCGCUGUUGGUGGUAGCAAUAUCCAAGGAACAAGCAACGAUAAACUAGUGCAAGUCCCACCGCAUACAAGUACCAUAAUGGACUCCAAGUACAGAGAUGUCUUGAAGCAUGGCUCAGUUCCAGCAAUGAUGAUGUGGGACUGCCCCGAGAUAUUUCUGUGGUCAGCCGAGAGGACAUGUAUCAUAAAGGUUGUCUUGCAUUUGGGGCAGGGCAACAAACUGUUGGGGGAUGCUCCAACUGCUAUUACUAAUGCUUUACUGUGGCCUGAUCUUACAUGUGUGCUGGCUACAUCACUCCACGUAUACAAUAACUCUUCCAUCACCAGUAUCCCUGUAGCGCCCAAUCGAUUACAAUGGCAUAUCGAAAGAUGGUGCCGGGUGGAGAGGUGCCCCAAGUUACACACAAUCUUCACUCUUCCCCAGGGCAGUAGUGUGGAUAAUUUUUAUUUUCUGGAGACAUUCUGGGCGUCCCAGCUUCUGACGACCUGCUACAUCUGGGACAGGACAAUUUUUCUAACCUCUCAUACCUUUUCAAACCUGAAGUUUUUGCACCUGGACUACUGCCCCAGGCUCUUGCAUGUGCUCCCCAUCCAUGCUAGCUCUUUGUCUGGACUAAAGACUCUCGAGAUAGUCUACUGCGGUGAUCUCAGGGAGGUAUUCCCAUUGAGCCCUGAGCUUCAAGAUCAGGAUACGAUUAUAGAAUUCUCCAAGCUAAGGCGCAUCCACCUGCACGAGCUCCCGACGCUGCAGCGCAUCUGUGGGCGCAGGAUGUACGCGCCUAAACUUGAGAUCAUCAAGAUCAGGGGCUGCUGGAGCCUCAGGCGUCUGCCGGCCAUCGGACACGACACCAAGCCGCCCAAGGUUGACUGCGAGAAGGAGUGGUGGGACAACCUGGAGUGGGACGGGGUGGAGAAGUACCACCACCCUUCCCUCUAUGAGCCGAGCCACUCAAAGUACUACAAGGCCAAGCUGCCAAGAGGCAGCCUACUCAGGUGAGACUGAGAUAUUAUGCCAAGAGGCAGCCUGCUCAGGUAAUCUGCAUGCGUGUACGUUGAACAUGCAGUGCUGCCCACAUGACUGAAGCUUUCCUGCCGUGUGUGUGUGUAUGUGUUGCUUGCUCGGCUUCCUGCUUGAUUGGUUUGGUGUGGCUUGACUUGGUUUGAUUUGAUUUGGUUUGGUCAUCCUUGCUCGACCCAUCAAAGUACUAAUCAUCUGGUUGCAUAGGUGAUGGUACACGUUAUCGAGCAAAUGAGAAAUAAAGCAGAGCAGGCAUUAUUCAGCUUAUAUAUGCAAGAGUACCCCUGAGUGCUCAUGUCGUUGCACCUGCUCCCAUGUGUGUCUGUUUUGGUGUGGAUUGUCAGCUGUGGGCUGAUUGUAAUUUGUAAGCAUAAAUGACGAUGAUUGUGUAUGUGCUGUUGCUUGUUAUGUAUGAAUAAUCAGCUUUGGACUAAUUGUGAUUUGUAAGCAUAAAUGAUGACUUUGUGUGUGGUUUCUUUGG